AUGGACGAGCUCUUCGAUGUCUUUGAGGACCAGCCUCAGGCUGUGCUGCCUCCCGGCGGUGCGCCUAAGCGCUCCAAAAAGGAUAAGAAGGAUAGAAGCAAGAAACGUGCCGCCAACGGUGAUGUGAAGAAUGACGCUACUGCACCAGAUAUGAUGGAGGACGUGACACCUUCGAGUGCACCUGUUGAGAAAAUCCCUGCAGUGUCCGAGGCGCCUGCUGCCAACAACGGGCAGCCCGAAACCAAGCGCCUUCGACUCGACGAAGCACCCCAACCUGUUGUCGCCGAUUCCUUCGAAACCGAACAAGAGCAAGAGAUUGCCGCAGCUGCUGGUCUGCAGGGCGGCCAAAAUGCAGCGUCUAUCAAGGUCUCUCAUCAAGUGCGCCACCAAGUUGCAAUCCCACCAGACUACCCCUACGUGCCUCUCUCGGAACACAAGCAACCGGAGGAACCAGCCAAGACAUACUCGUUCACACUCGAUCCUUUCCAGCAGCUAGCAGUCAAUGCGAUUCAAAGAGAGGAAAGCGUGCUGGUUUCAGCGCAUACUAGUGCCGGAAAAACCGUGGUUGCCGAAUAUGCUAUUGCGCAAAGUCUGAAGAGAAACCAGCGAGUCAUCUACACAAGUCCGAUCAAGGCUCUGAGCAACCAAAAGUAUCGUGAAUUCGCCGCUGAAUUUGGCGACGUUGGUCUUAUGACUGGUGAUGUUACCAUCAAUCCUACAGCCACCUGUCUCGUCAUGACUACGGAGAUUCUUCGGUCGAUGCUGUAUCGCGGUUCCGAGAUCAUGCGUGAAGUCGGAUGGGUCGUAUUCGACGAGAUUCAUUACAUGCGCGACCUGAACCGUGGUGUCGUUUGGGAAGAGACACUCAUUCUCCUCCCCGAUAAGGUCCGUUACGUCUUCUUGUCGGCCACUAUCCCCAACGCCAUGCAGUUUGCCGAAUGGGUCGUGAAGAUGCACAACCAGCCCUGUCACGUUGUGUACACCAACUACCGUCCAACUCCCCUCCAGCACUACUUCCACCCUGCCGGUGCGGAAGGAAUCCACCUGGUUGUGGAUGAGAACGGUGUGUUCCGGGAGGAGAACUUCCAGAAAGCUAUGGGCUCUAUUGCGGACAAAAAGGGCGACGAUCCGGCAAAUGCCCUGGCUAAGCGCAAGGGAAGGGGCAAGGACAAGUCACUCAAUAAGGGUGGAGAGAAAGGUCCCUCUGAUAUCUUCAAGAUCGUGAAGAUGAUCAUCAUGAAGAGGCUCAACCCGGUAAUUGUCUUCAGUUUCAGUAAGAGAGAGUGCGAGAGCGGUGCGCUCCAGCUAAAGAAUCUGGCAUUCAACGACGAUUCCGAAAAGGAGAUGGUUCAAAAGGUUUUCGACAGUGCCAUGGAGAUGUUGUCUCCAGAAGACCGCCAACUGCCUCAAAUUAUCAAUCUUCUUCCCCUCCUACGCCGAGGUGUUGGUGUUCACCAUUCUGGCCUCCUUCCCAUCCUCAAGGAGACCAUCGAGAUUCUGUUCCAGGAAGGUCUCAUCAAGGUCCUCUUCGCUACUGAGACUUUCUCCAUCGGCCUCAAUAUGCCUGCCAAGACCGUUGUCUUCACCAGUGUUCGCAAAUUCGACGGCACCAGCCAGCGCUGGGUCACGCCAUCCGAGUUCAUUCAGAUGUCCGGACGAGCCGGUCGAAGAGGUCUCGAUGACCGUGGUAUUGUCAUCAUGAUGGUUGGUGAGGAAAUGGAUCCCGCGGUUGCCAAGGAAAUCGUUCGUGGUGAGCAGGAUCGAUUGAACUCGGCUUUCCACCUUGGAUACAACAUGGUUCUCAACCUGAUGAGAGUGGAAGGUAUUUCCCCAGAGUUUAUGCUUGAAAGGUGUUUCAAACAGUUCCAGAACACGGGCAACGUCGCUACUUUGGAGCAAACCCUUCGUGAGCAGGAGGAGAAGAAGGCAAAUAUGAUCAUUCCCGACGAAGGAACUAUCCGGGAAUAUUAUGAUUUGCGCACACAGUUGGAAACCUUCUCUGACGAUGUUCGUGCCGUUAUCACCCAUCCAAACCAUUGCCGGCCCUUCAUCACGUCCGGCCGUCUGCUUCAGAUCAUGCACCAAGGCCAAGAUUUUGGAUGGGGUGCGGUAGUCAGGCUCUCGCAGCGCAAGCCUGCAAAGGACCCCAAGGAAGAAGUCGAUGCCCAUAAGGGGUGGGUUGUUGAUGUCCUUCUGAAGCUUGCCACUGGGCCGGCUGUUGGCACCAAGUCCUUCCAAGACUUCCCCGCAGGCAUUCGACCGGCCAAGGAGGGAGAACCCUCUCGGUUCGAAAUCGUGCCCGUUGUGCUGAGCUGCAUCCAUGCCAUCGGACAUGUUCGCAUCUUCCUGCCGAAGGAUAUCAAAUCUGAGGAUGCCCGAACUGGAGUGGGCAAGGCUUUGGAUGAAACGAGAAGGCGAUUCCCCGAUGGUGUUCCGCUCCUUGACCCCGUCCAGGAAAUGAAAAUCACGGAUGACUCCUUCAAGAAGUUGCUACGGAAAAUCGAGGUUCUCGAGUCUCGCCUGCUGGGCAACCCGCUCCACCACUCCCCACGACUGCCAGAGUUGUACGACCAAUAUGUCGCAAAGGUCAAUCUGAGCAAUGAGAUCAAGGCGACCAAGAAGGGCAUCAGCGAUGCCAUGUCGAUUUUGCAACUUGACGAAUUGAAGUGCCGCAAGCGUGUGCUCCGUCGUUUUGGCUUCAUCAACGAGGCGGAAGUGGUGCAGCUGAAGGCCCGGGUUGCCUGCGAGAUUAGUACCGGUGAUGAACUCAUGCUGGCUGAGCUGCUGUUCAAUGGUUUCUUCAACAACCUCACUCCCGAGCAGGUGGCAGCUGUCGUCAGUGUCUUCGUGUUUGAGGAGAAGGUUAAGGAGGCCCCGCCUUUGAGCAAGGAUGAGCUUGCUAAGCCCCUUAAGGAGAUUCAAGCACAAGCUCGGAUCAUUGCCAAGGUCUCGCAGGAGUCCAAGAUGGCUAUCAACGAGGACGAGUACGUUCAGAGCUUCCACUGGGAGCUCAUGGAGGUGGUCUAUGACUGGGCACACGGCAAGUCCUUUGCCGAUAUCUGUGGUAUGACGGAUGUCUAUGAGGGUAGCUUGAUCCGUGUUUUCCGACGACUAGAGGAGUGUCUGCGUCAGAUGGCGCAGGCUGCCAAGGUGAUGGGUAGCGAGGACCUGGAGAGCAAGUUCGAGGGGGCGUUGACCAAGGUCCGCCGUGACAUUGUUGCUGCUCAGUCGCUCUAUCUGUAA